AUGGAGCAAGAUACUAGGAAUAGCUUGACACGCGAGCAGGAUCAGAGUUCGACCACGGAGCAAAGGUCAAAUGAAAGCAGCGUCAAUGAAGUUGGAGGCAUAGCACAUGCGGAACCUCCGGGACUGCUAAGUGAUCAUGGUAAAACCAAGGACGACGUACGGGCGGAGGUGUUGUAUGGACUUCGGACAACAUCGCCAGAGCUUGAUGUCGUAGCUGUCUCCGUGUCUCCCCCACCUCCUACCAAUGCUCUCCAUCUUCACCUGCAAUCUCCUGGAGAGCUAUAUGCAGUCGAGAUGCCUGCAGGGUCUGAUGGUCGUCUAGAUAACACCGUGCAGCUGCCGAAUGGUGCAGACGCCGCGCAUACUUCCAGGCCCUCGUACCGCGUCCGAUUUCGCUCCCGUGUACGGAUAGCUUCAGGCAUGCAUCCUCAUUCGCAUGCACAUACUCGCUCUCAGGCAAGACGAGACUCUGCAGGCUCCGUAGACUCCGAAUCAUCCCUGUGCUCCUCCAUCUCAGCGCCCCUCCGCUAUACACCCGACGACUCUGAGACUCGAGCCUCGUACUCACUUGUUGCUGCGCUCAAGAAUAAACGACGAAGGUCGCGAAGGUCGGUGACAGCUGCCCUUGCGUCAGGACCUGCACCUAUUGGAGCAAGAGCAAAGUCGGAUCCCGGUGAACGAACACCGUUGCUGCUUGCACCUGGUUCAAGGCUCGGUGCACGCACGCGGCGUCUGUACGGCGAACCGGUUCCAGGUGAAGAGAAUGACGCAUUAAAUCGCCGACGGGCCCGACCACCACCCGGGCGUCAGGAUGUGGAUGUCUUCGGUCCAUGGCCAUGGCGGCUGUUCAAUGGAUAUGUAUGUCACCUGUCUUUUCUUAUCUCUGUUUCCCUUCACAACAGCUCCUUCCGUCGUCAUCUUCAAGUUCCUCCUUUUCUUCCUUCUUUCCGUAAGUGCGUGAUCGCGUUAACAAAGCUUGUCGGCCGCCUUGCUAUGAUCAUCCUGUGUACUGCUGAUCUAUCGUCCUCCGGGAUCACCGAGCCCAAAUGA